AUGGGUGGGAAGCAUUUUAUGAAAAAGUGGUGGAUUCUUGUGGUAAUCUUGAAAUUGAUGUGCCCAACAUGGAGUCAAGAUUUUGUAAUGAAAGAGUUGGGUGAUCGAUUUACACCGGAAAAUGUUGAGUUGUUGAAUUGUGUAGCAUGUUUGAAUCCUUGUUCUUCUUUUCAAGAUUUUGACAUUAAAUCACUUGUGAGGUUGGCAAGAUUCUACCCAAAUGACUUUGAGGAUGUUAGUGAUAAGGAGUUGUCUAGCCAACUUGAGACUUAUAUUGAGUGUGUCAAGAUGGACGAUAAUUUUUCCAAGUUGAAGGGUAUUUCGGAUCUAUGUAGGACUCUUAAUGAGUUGAGAAAUCGAAUGGCAAAUUCAUGGCUUAAUGAUUGCUUGGUGGCAUUUGUGGAAAAAGAAGUGUUUAUUACAGUCGAUGAUCUAGAUAUUAUCAAGCGCUUUCAAGCCAUGAGUAAGAGAAGAAUGCAUUUACGCUUGGACUAG